UUUUCUCCAGAUUGCCUUUAAAUUUUAAACUCCCAGUUUUUUAUUUCUCCUUUUUUUUAUUAUUAUUAUUAUUGUUAUUUUAUUAAAUAUUAUCCUUCUUCUUUUAUUUUAUGUUGUAUAGUUUUGUAAAUAUAUAAAUCAGGUUCUUUUUUUUUAUUCGUUUUGUCACUUCAAACAAGCACCAGAGUACUGUCCGAUUUGGAUAGACGUAAACGUAGAAAGCUUUCUAAUACAACAACAACAACAGAAAUGACACACUCACGACCCUUAUCACCACCUUCACCACCCGAUAUAAAAUACCAUUUAAUGAUGAUACAAAGAAAAGAGAGAUUACAAUACCCAUUUCUCCUGUCAACGAUAAUACUAUCUUUCAUGCAGAAGAUAUAAUACAUGAUCCCAGUUAUUGUAUGUUUAAAAUUCAAUUAGAUACAAAAGGGACUACAGGUAAGAAGAAGAAAAAAAAAGAAAAAUAAAUAAAUAAAUAAAAGAAUGCCAAAAAAAAAAAAAUUCAAAAAAAAGAAAUCAUUAGCUGCAUUAUGUUAUUUACCAACUAAAAGUAAAAAUAUAAUUGAAUUUUAUCAUAUUGAAAUACCAAUUGCAUAUCGACAUCAAGGUUUGGGUGAUUUACUAUUAAGUCGAGCCUUCCAAUGGGUAAAAAUGUUAAAAUUGCUGGUGAUACCAACAUGUCCAUUUGUUCGUAAAUACUUGGAAACUCAUUUUCCAGAUAAAAAGAGUGAAUAUUGGUCAUGCAUUGUAUUAAAUGAAUACAAUAAAUACAAUGGAAAUUCAUGAAUAUGAUAAAUACCUUUUUAGUAAUAAAUAAAGCGAAACAAAAAAGAAACAGAAAGAAAAAGAAAAAAAAAGUAGGCUUAGUCAAUUGUUGUAUAUACACAUACAUACACACAUACACGCGCACACACACAUACACACACACAUACAUACAAACAUACAUACUGACUCACAUAUGUACACAUAUAUACAUACAUACACACACACACACACAUACACAAAAAUAAAAGAUAUCCCCAUGACCUUUUACACUUUAUUUAUUUGCGCAAACUAAUA